AUGGAAAUGCAGUCAAUGUCAGCUUCUUCCAGUCGUAUCUUGUAUGACGUUCCCUGCGCCGUGUGUCGUGAUCACUCAUCAGGAAAGCAUUAUGGAGUAUUUGCAUGUGAUGGUUGCGCUGGGUUUUUUAAACGUUCUGUAAGAAGAGAUCGACGCUACGCUUGCAAAGCGAGAAACCCUGGUGCUUGUUUAGUUGAUAAGGCUCACCGAAAUCAAUGUCGAGCAUGUCGCUUAGCUAAAUGUCUCGAUGUAGGCAUGAAUAAAGAUGCUGUACAACAUGAAAGAGGGCCAAGGAACUCAACUAUACGUCGGCAAAUGGCAUUAUUUUUAAAAGAUCCAGCAGUACCAUCUCAAGAUGUGACCUUAACUCUCCCUCCUGUUUUAGAUUUAGCCCUACCCAAACAUAAUUUAAUGGCUCCUCCCCCGGCCUUAUCUUUGUUUCCUAAUCCAUAUCAUUCCUAUGACAGACUCAAUUUUUUGCCCAUAAAUUCCUGUCAACCACAAACACUAACACCUUCGCUCAUCACUACAUCUCUUUUGAGUCCAAAUGACCCAGAAGCUAUGUGCGAGGCAGCUGCUAGACUAUUGUUUAUGAACGUCAAGUGGGCAAAAAAUGUCCCUGCAUUUUCUUCUUUAUCACUUUCUGAUAGACUUUUAUUACUAGAAGAAUCUUGGCGAGACCUUUUCGUAUUAGGCUCAGCACAGUUUUUAUAUCCUCUUGACUUAAAAAUAUUACUUAAUGUGAAAAAUCUUAGAAUAUACCCCAACGAUGUUGAAGAAUUCCAAGCAACUCUUUCUGAGUUCUCAAAACUUCGUCUAGAUAGUAACGAAUACGCAUGUCUUCGUGCAAUCGCGCUUUUUAAAACCAAUUUUACAGACAAAUCUAAUUUAAGUGAAACAAAGAAACUUCAAGACCUCCCCGCAGUUGCUUCGUUACAAGAUCACUCACAAGUUAUUCUCAACGAGUACACUGCUCGUGUGCAUCCUCUUGAUGUUACGCGCUCGGCACAAAUUCUACAAAUGCUGUCGACUGUGAAAAGAGUUUCCAGCAGUACUAUAGUAGAGCUGUUUUUUCGUGCUACAAUUGGUGAUAUACCCAUUGAAAGGAUUAUAAGUGAUAUGUAUAGAAGUGGUAAAGACUCUACAUAG